UUGCAGGUCGACUUCGGGGACAUCGUAUUCCCGGCGCAUCUUGAAAUUCCACGGCCCCGAGUGCUGCCCGAGUUUUCCCGGCUGGCUCACGGACUCCGGAGCGGAAACAUAAGUAUCCUAGAUAGCAAAACUCUGUACAUACCGAACCUACAUUACGACGGAGCUGGACCCGAUGCCUACUUCUGGGUUGGAACGGGGCCAGAACCCAACACAAUGGGCUUUAAAGUUCCCAAUGAAGUUGGAGGACUGACAAAGCUGCGGGGCUACCAAGGAGAGGAUAUUGAAAUCGUUCUACCGGGAAAUUUAACUGUCUUUGACAUCGAUUGGUUGUCUGUUUGGUGCGUGCAGUACAAGCAUAAUUUCGGGCAUGUAAUGAUCCCGAAAGACCUAGACGUUCCGCCUGCCCUUGGACAGACUAAAAUCACGACGAGCAGCAGCCCGCCGAUAGCGCCAAUGCCGCCGAUAACGCUCACCGAGCUGAGCAAUUGCAAGGAACUGUUGGACGGCAGAGUCCAGGUCCAGUGGGAGCUGAUGGGCGAGGAUGUUCAAAUCCGCGUUUCAGGGAGGAUAAGAGAGGACCAGUAUAUCGCUUUCGGGUUGUCAGGGCGAGAGGGCAGGAGGGAAAUGACUGGCGGGGACGUUGUCGUAGUUGGUUACGACAAGAGGAAGAAAAGAUUUUUUGCUGAGGAUUAUUAUUUGUCGGACCUUGCUCAGUGCGAUGGCAGAAAAGGUGUCUGUCCUGAUGAACGCGUCGGUGGUAAAAAUGACGCUGUUCUUAUUGAUGGUGAACGUAAAAACGGCGUUACUACAGUAACCUACAUGAGACCAUUGAGUACAAACGAGCCAGAAAAAGACCGAAUGAUCCCAAACGGCGCAACAAGCAUAAUAGCAGCAAUAGGAACUCUGAAUAGCCGAGGAGAAGCUAACGCUCACACUCAAAGUGACAGAACAGACGAAGACAUAAAGAUCGACUUUACAUCAAAGAACGUCCACGAGUGUAUAAAUUCCCUGUACGACAUCCCUAACGAGGAAAUAGAAUUGGACGCCUGGCCAAUUGAGACAAUAAUCGACGAGAACAACCUGACCGCGAGGAUCGGGCAAACUGGAGGAAAGCGCGGCUAUUCGAAGAUAACUGGCCAGCCUUCCUGGGGAAUCUGCUGGUACAUAAACGACCUCCUGAUUCCUGAGAUAACCGUAGAACGUGGCCAGACUUACACCUUCAUCGUCGAGGGCGGCGUUGACCCAUCAAAUCCAGCGCGCUAUCAUCCUUUGUACAUUACUGCAAGUCCAGAAGGUGGUUUCGGCCAGAAGACCGAUGAGCAGCAAAGAGAUGAGCGGGUCUUUGCCGGAGUCGAUUGGAACGAUGAAGGAUAUCCUUAUCCUACUGCUGCUGGGCGGUUUUGUGAGUGGGCUCACAAAACUGUUGAUAUGAGCGAAAAUUCACUUACUUUUGCCAGCUUCUUCGACACCCUAAGGCUUGAUUGUGAUCAAGGAGAACCUGCUAAGCUUGUUUGGACCGUCGCGCCUGAUACUCCUGACCUUGUUUAUUACCAGUGCUACACCCACAAAAAUCUAGGUUGGAAAAUCCACGUUAAAGAUCCAGGAUAUAAAUCUGAAUUGACCGCCGCAUCAGACAGCAUAAUGUCAAGCUCACUCAUUACACUCUUAAUAAUCACUGGCAUUCAUUCUCUCCUCAGAUGA